UGUUGUGAUGUGGAGACUCGUGGUCCUCGGUGGGCUGUGCGUCCUUCUUCUGGGUGCUGAGAGCAGAAAUUCCGGGGGGAGGUCGGUGACUUUCCGCCGGACUCAGCAGGAUGAGAUCCGGAGCCAAGUGCGCGCAAGACACACGAGGGACACCAGCAGCUCCUCUGGCAUCUCCAACCCUUCUCACGGUCCUCCCUUCACCUCCUGCCAGCUUCCCCUUACCCCAGCCGAACACAAGGUUCUGGAUGACAACACACAUGAGACAGGGUUUAAUGGCGAUGAUGGCUCCUAUGUAAUUCUCACAUGGGUGGGCGAUGGCACAGGAGUGAUCCUCGUGUUGUCAACAAUCAGUGCUCCACUUGAUUCUUUCCUAGAAGGAGGCUCCUCUCGACUUUACAGAAGCACGGAUUAUGGCAAGUCCUUCCAUGACAUCUCCCACCGCAUCAACCACACCUUCAUAAGGGAGGAAUUUGGAGUCAGUGUUGGACCAGGAAGCUCUGUGAUUCUCACCGCAGACACAACGGUGGUCGACAAUCCAGGAGGGAUCAUCUUCACCUCCACAGAUGCCGGUGCCACUUUUAUGUUCAUCCAGUUGCCCUUUCACCUGGCCCAGCCGGUCACGUAUCACUUCUUCAACCCUGACUACCUCGUAGCUCUCAGCAUUGAUGGCAGUCUUUGGCUCUCACUGGACUUUGGCACCAAGUGGACAAAAGUUCAUGAUGGAGUGCAUUCUUUCUCAUGGGGGGCUGGCAUCAAUUUGUUCUUCAGCUGCACUCGAGUAGACACAGUUGACACAGACGAACGAGGAGAUUUAGUGCUGAAGAGGACGAAGGAUCUGGGAGAAACCUUCACCACAAUCCACGAGGACAUCUACAGUUUUGGCUACAUAGGAGCUUUUCUCUUCUUCUCUGUGAUGGAAGAGCCGAGAUCCCCUCGUGUCAUGUACUUCUCAUCAGACCAAGGAGAUACCUUCAGUCGAGCUCUGCUUCCCUCUGCAUCCACUGAGCAGUUUUACUCCAUCCUGGACGGUGACGAGGAUAUGCUCUUCAUGCAUGUGGACAACCCAGGAGACACCUUCUUUGGGACCAUGUACACCUCAGAUGACCGAGGGAUCUUGUUCUCCAAAUCGCUGGAGCGCCACCUGUUCGAUGGGCAGAGGAAGAGCGAUUUCACCAACAUCACCUCACUAAGAGGAGUUUACCUCACUAAUAAACUAGACCUUGAUGGUCGUAUAAGAUCUGUCAUUUCCUUCAACAGAGGAGGGACGUGGAGACAACUCAACAAACCUGACAAUGUGGAUUGUGGAGACCAAGUCAAGAGUUGCAACCUUCAUAUUCACGGAGAACACAGUCGCAAUAUCCGAAUAGUCCCCAUGUUAGCUCUGUCUGAGCCGACUGCCAUCGGUCUGGUCAUCGCCCAUGGCACUGUGGGUGAUUCUCUGUCAUCGUCGCAGCAUCCAGAUGUGUUUGUGUCCUCUGAUGGGGGCUAUAACUGGAGGGGGACACUCAGGGGUCCUCACCACUACAGCAUACUGGACUCUGGGGGUCUCAUUGUGGCUGUGGAGGCUCAGCGCGAAGGACAAGUCAAGACUAUCAAAUUCUCCACAGAUGAAGGUCAGUGCUGGAAAUCGUACAACUUCACUGAGCAGCCCUUCUUCUUCGCAGGCCUGGCAUGUGAACCAGGAACCAAGGCCAUGAACGUCAGCGUUUGGGGCUUCCGUCCUGAGGAGGACGGACAGCCCAUGUGGGUGGCGGUCACCAUAGACUUCCAGAGCCUCAUCACCAGAGAGUGUAAUGACCAGGACUAUGAAGAGUGGUUGGCUCAUUCUGCAGCAGGAGAGAACUCGAAGAGAAAAGGCUGCGUUCUGGGUGUUAAAGAGACUUACAGGAGGCUAAAGAGGCAGUCUGUGUGCAGAAAUGGGCGAAGCUUUGUGGUGAGCAAGAAGCAAAGGUCCUGCUUGUGCACCAGAGAAGAUUACUUAUGUGACUAUGGUUACUAUCGUCACGUGAACACCUCAGAGUGCGUGAGGCAACCGAAUGCUGCAAACAAAACUUUGGAGAUGUGUCUGAAUGGAGAGGAGGACGAGCUUCUGACAGCAGGGUACCGCAAAGUCCCCAGUGAUCGCUGUGAGGGGGGAUACAAUCCUCAGCUCACAGUGCAGACAGUCAUCAGACCCUGUGGCGUUAAACCAAGCCCCGGUCCACCUGACAAGUCAACAUCUUCAGUCACUCACUUUGACACACCGCGAGAAAGGCUGGUGCUGAUCCUGGUGUGUGCAGGAGCAGGAGUCAUAGUCCUGGUCGCUGUCGUUUCUGCAGUCAUAUCUGUCAAGAGAGUGGUUUAUAGAAACAGGGCACCUGUGUAUCGUUUCUCCAACCUCCGGAUCCAGGAUGACGAAAACGGUGUCACAGUCGAUCAUGAAAGUGGCACCAGCAGCAACGGCACCGCCUGCCAACAGGAUUCAGAUGAUGAUCUUAUCGAAUGACAUUUUACACAUUUAAAUGGAUUAAGAAAUGUCCAUGAUUGUCACCAGCUGUGCUGAAAUGACUUCCAGCAGCAUUUUGUUGGACUUUUACUCAACAUUUUGAUGGGAUCACGCCUCGUGCCAAGUUCUGCGGUUUUGAAUGGCAAAUAUGAAAAAUGUUAAAUUUCUUAAUUUAUUAAAUUGUGUUACUUUGCUUUCUUUUUGAUUUGUGCAGUAUUUUCUAUUUUAUUUUAAUGAUUUACCUUAUUUUGCACCAACUUUUUGUUGUUGUUUUUUGUUUAAUGUGAAACUAAACCUGAAACGAUCCUGAAAAUGUGCAUUUAUGGCAAAACGAAAUUCUGCCUGUUGUCAUGUUCAUUCUACUGAGUGUCUUACAGUUUUAAAUAUAAGAUUUGUUUAAAUUCACAAUAAAUUUCUGCUUUAAAUCUGUCCACCAGAUGACGCUACUGGGGCUGCAUGGUCUCUGAUCUGCUUCAAAAUGUAGCAGAGAAGAAGAAAGAACAGGAAGUUGAUGUAAACAAAGAUUGUAUUGACAGCUGUGUCACUCAUACCAAAAACCAAUGACGUAUACGUCAUUGCCAAAAACUCCCAACCAUUGGAAGUCUGUGCUGUAAGUGACACUGCAAAAGGUGAAAGCUCUUUAUUGGAAUUUACACAUUAGCGUGAACAAUUUAUCAUAUCUCAUAAUGAUUAACUUUAAAGAAAUACACGAAAUCCACCAAUCACCAAUGCAAUACUUUCUGCUCAGAUUUAUUUUGGACAUAGGACACUGACUUCUGCUAAUAUAGUAUGUAGUACAAAUACCAUGCAUGUUUGUUAAGAUAAUGUCCUGGCAUCAUUUUAAAAACAUAAGUCAGAAUGUAAUUUGUGCACAUAGGGAUAUUUAAACUGUGUAAAUAUUUGUCAUGUAUUACUUUUCAUAAUGUUUGAAAAGUAUUAACAGAGCCUGUUCUUGGGAAGUUGCUGCUUUACUAAACAAUGACAAUGUAAACACCUUUGUAUUUUUAAUUUUAAGUAACUUAUAAAUGUGAUAUGUUGCGCUGAGAAUGGAAUAAUUGCUUGUCGGAUAUUGGUCAAUGUUUCGUAAGCUUUCAAAAACGAGAGAGAGAGA